AGUUUUCUAGUUCUAGUGACUGCAGAGUGUGUUUGUUGCCACACCUCCCUGUCCCUUUAAAAGAGCCAGUGUUCUUUGGAAGCAGCAGCAGACACUCAGCACUUAACAGGAUGAAGAAGAAGCUGAUCCUCGAUGUGGACACAGGGGUGGACGAUGCUCAGGCCAUCAUGUUGGCCCUUGCAGACCCCGACGUGGAGAUCCUGGGGAUCACCUGUGUUCAUGGCAACACACCUCUGGAGAACGUCCUGCAGAACACACUGCGUGUCCUGAAAGUCUGCAACAAGUUGGAUAUCCCUGUGUACCGUGGCUGUUCACAUCCCCUGCUGGCCCGUAAACAACAUGCUAGUGAUUACCAUGGAAAGGAUGGACUUGGCGAUGUCCCAGAUCCAGAUGCUCCAGGCCUGGAUCUGCUGCAGAAGAGAAAAGCUGCGCAGGCCAUGAUCAAGAUGGUCAAAGAACAUCCUAAUGAGGUAACUCUGGUUGCCACGGCACCCCUCACUAACCUGGCUGUCGCUGUACAGCUGGACCCAUCCUUCCCUGAGAAACUGAAGGCACUCUACAUCAUGGGAGGAAACACUGACUCCAGAGGUAACACCACAGUAUGUGGAGAGUUUAACUUUGUGGCUGAUCCAGAAGCUGCGUACAUCGUGCUGGAUCGUUACACCUGUCCCACCUACAUCGCCACCUGGGAGUUCACCUGCAGGAACAGUCUGUCAUGGAGUUUCUGUGAUAAAAUGUACCUGGAUCAAAAAACUGCAAAGGCUGAAUUCAUGUGCAACAUUUCCCGCCUCUCCCGGGAGAAAUCCCAGUCAGCAGAAUAUCAAAAGGAGAUCACUGCAGGAACAGGGUUCAAUUCCUGCGACUGCUACGCCCUGGCUGCAGCUCUGGAUCAGUCAUUAGUGACAGAGUGUGAGGAGGUGGCGGUGGCAGUGGAGCUGGAAGGGACCUACACCCGAGGUAUGAUGGUGGUGGACUACAUGGAGCUGCUCAAGAAGAAACACAAGGCCUUUGUCAUGAAAAAGUUCGACUUGGAGAAGUUCAAGGAAAUGCUGGUGAAUUCACUGAAGUAGGAUGACACCGUAACAAGCUUUAGGAUUAAAUGCUCUUCGGGGUCGGUUCGUAACAGGAAGAGCUUCUCAGUUAAAUGCUUUGAUGUCUGCUUCAUGACUCUGUGGAUCACUGCAAAAAAAUCUAAAUCUUACCAAGUGUAUUUUUCUCAUUUCUAGUCAAAAUGUCUCAUCACACUUAGAAUAAGACAUAAUCACCUUAAGAGUAACUUUUCAGUGAGAUAUAAGAACUUAUUU